AAAAUCUCGCGAGAGGUCGAGAUGUCCUGAAUUCUCCCAGGAGCCCCCGCUCUUCCUCUUCCCGAAAGCGGCCUGAGGUGACCUCUCAAAAUGGUUCGCUAUUCUCUUGAUCCGGAGAACCCCACAAAAUCAUGUAAAUCGAGAGGUUCGAAUCUACGGGUUCAUUUUAAGAACACUCGUGAAACUGCCCAGGCCAUCAAGGGUAUGCAUAUCCGAAAAGCCACCAAGUAUCUAAAGGAUGUCACAUUACAAAAACAAUGUGUGCCCUUCCGUCGUUACAAUGGUGGCGUUGGGAGGUGUGCCCAGGCCAAACAGUGGGGUUGGACGCAGGGUCGGUGGCCCAAAAAGAGUGCAGAAUUUUUACUGCACAUGCUUAAAAAUGCAGAGAGUAAUGCUGAACUUAAGCUGCUGAGCCAUGCUGACAAAAUUUUGUCUAUUGUCAAGGCUUGGAAAUUGACAGUGCCAGGUCCUGGAACUUCACUUCUCUUUAAUGCGCACUUAGCACUGAGUUUUGGUAGUUACCUUGCAUUUAAGGAAGGACACUUAGAGUAAAGGUGAAAACAACUGCUUGAACAAAUACGCUAUUUAAACGUUUACAGAUUGCCUUCAAAAAUGAUUUUAUUAAGGCAGGGACUUAAUUUUCCAGUGACAGUGUUAAGAUGUCACCUGAUUGUGUUCCCGCUCUCUUCCCAGGGUUUAGAUGUAGACUCUCUAGUCAUAGAGCACAUCCAA